UAUCAUUUACAUAGCACUUUGCAAGGCCGCCCCAACAAUUUAAAAACGUCACGUAAAAAUCGUAGCAGCCGCUGCCAAAUUACAUUGCCGAUGCGCCGCUCCCUCGGCGGCACCAGGGUCGCGCCGCCCCAGGCCACUCUAAAGCGCUCCCCGCCCGCACAAAAGAAGAAGCCCGCGGCGCGGAAGAGAGACAUGCCGCUCGCCGAGACCGACGACCAAGGCUGGAUCCAGGCGCGUCGCGGGGCAUCGACCACGAAGCCCAAGCCGGCGGCGCGCAAGCCGGCCGCAAAGCCGGUUGCGCGCCGCGCGCCGCCGCAUCCGCCGUCGUCGUCGUCCGAGAGCGACGCCCCGCCGCCGCGGAAGCCGGCCGCGCGGCGGCGGAGGCCGCCGGAGGACUUCACGAAGGACCUGGCCGGGAGCGAUGGCUCCGUCAGCGAGCCCGAGGAGGCGCCGGAGAGCGACGGCGGUCUGGACGACGCGCGGGGGAAGAAGAAAGCCGACGCGUCGACGUACCGGUUCGACGACGACGACGACGACGACGACGCCCUCGACCCGAAACGGCCGCCGCGGCGCCGGAUCGCCACGCAGGAGUCCGACACGCAGGACAGCGUGCUCGAGAGCAAGCAGCCGGCGCGGCGGAGCGGCUCCGCGGUCGCGUGCCGCUCCGACGCGAGCGACGACGACCGACCCGGCCCGGAGUCGCAGGACAGCGUGCUUUCGACGACGACGAAGAAAAAACCGCGAUCGGCCUCGACGACGGGCAACGACGCGGCCAUCGCGCGCGCGCUGGCGAGCCCGGCGGGCGCGACGCCGGACUCCGACGACGACGACUUCUUGUACGCGUCGUCGCCGGGGCCGCGGCGCCCGGCCACGAAGCCGUCCAGGCGGCGGCCGCGGUCCGAUACCGAAGAGGAGGAGGCGGCGGAGGUGCUCCCGGAGAAGCGGCCGCGGGGCGCGCCGCGCGAGCGCACGCCGACGCAGCCGUCGCCGAAGCCGCGGGCCCGCCGGAGCUCGCAGGACUCCGACGGGAGCGUGUCGCAGAAGGCCGCGCCACGGCGCAGGCCGCCGCGCAAGAAGCGGCGGAGCGCCGCCCCCAAGGCCACGCAGGACAUCGACAUCGACGACUUCGUGGACAGCCACACGCCGCGCCAGAGCCAGGACGACCCGAGCGACGGUGAAGACGGAGACAGCGCGGCGUGGCGCGACGCGCCGACGGCCGUAGCUAGCGUGAAGCGGUGGCGCGUGCGGUCGUCCGGCCUCGUGUGGGCGGCGACGGGCGACGACUACUACGGCGACGGGCGGCGCGGCGGCUUCCACAAGCGGCCCGCCUACGCGUUGCCGCGCCGCGAAGUCGCUUCUUUGCGUUUGCCGCCGCCGCUCAAGAACCACGCCUACGUGCGCGUCUUCGACGACGCGGCGUUCCCGCCGUGGGACGCGCCGCGCCUCGUGCCGCGGUCGUCGCUGCUCGGCUUUCGGGGGGACGCGUCGGCGCCGCGCUGGGACCCGCCGCGCGUCAAGGCGAUGAAGAGCAAGCUGCGGGCCGCGGAGUUCAGGCACGUGUUCGAGCGCGGCGCGGCGGCGGCGCUGGCGCUGGCGCUUGCGUUUGACGAGGAGAGCGACUCCGACGAGGGGGUUCAGGAAGCGCGGCCGCCGGAGGAGUCGCAGGGCGACGCGCACCAGGACGCCGUGCGCGAGUUUCUAUACGAGCGCCGCCCGGCGCGGCUCCCGCGCCUCGAGUACGAGGCACUCGUCGACCUGUGCGUGGACCCGCACAUGUACGGCGCGCGGCUCGCGCGGGACGCCUACGAGCCCGCUUCAUCUGAAGUGCGGGCGGCGGUGCGCGCCGCGAUCGAGGGAUGCGCCCUGGACGCGGCCGUGCUGGACCGGGGCCGGCGGGCGCUCGACGCCGUCGAGGACGGUUCCAUCCUGGAGUUCAUCCGGUAAUAUGCUUGAAUCUUA